UGGCGCCGUCAGGCCGGUCAGUAUAACCGUCGAGUUGGAUAUAUAAGUAUAUAACCGUGCACACAUAAAACGACUUCAAAUGUAAGUGAGUGAGAGAAGACGAUGGACGACGAUAGAAUUCUGGAACGAGAAAGGUACCAAAUCGAACAGAUUCGCCAGCUCGAGUCCGAGGAGUUGCAGGUAGAGGAAGUCGAUGACGAAUCAUCCGAGGAUGGCGAUACCGCGUUGGGGGAACAAACUGCACCUGGUGAAUUUAAUUAUGACACCUCUUUGGCUGCAUUGCAUUCUUAUCUUGGUGAUGUUGAAGACACACAUAACAGGUUGUCAUUCUUGGAUGGCGGAGCUGUGAUAGUUGUUCCUUUAUUCUAUCUUGAAGGAGUUGUUUUAUUCCCUGAGGCUACACUUCCUUUGCGAGUUAUUCAGUCUAAUUUUAUAGCUGCUGUUGAAAAAGCAUUGCAACGGACUAAUGAUCAUUAUACUAUUGGUGUCAUUCGAGUUCACAGGGAUCCUCAUAAUAGGAGGAUAAAAUUUGCAACGACUGGGACAACUGCUGAGAUUCGGCAAUAUCGGCGGUUGGAAGAUGGUUCAGUGAAUGUUGUUACCCGUGGUCAGCAACGCUUUCGUCUGAGACGCCGUUGGAUGGAUGCUGAUGGAGCACCUUGUGGAGAGAUUCAAAUCAUCCAAGAAGAUUUUCCAUUAAGGACUCCCCGAGAGGCUGUUGGGAGAUUGACACCAUUGAGAAGAUUGCAUGCCUGGGCUGAUGUGCCUUUACAAACACAGUCAUCAAAUAGUUCUCUAACUAAGCAUUAUGAGUAUGGAAAUGGGAAUGAUUCAGAUGUGAUGUCAGAGGAAAGUUUUGAAAGUGAAUUAUCGUUCGGAGAGAAAAGACUCCACCAGUCUGCUAUUGUUUCUAUAAUUGGUGAGGAUAUGAUUGAUGAGUCAACAAGCAGUGAUGAUGAGACCCUUGAUCAAGGGCUAGAGGUCCAAUCUGGAAGAUACCACUUACAUGAUUUUGUUGGGUCUUUGCACACAAAACGCAACAAAAAGUCUAUUGAUUCUAGCCAGGGAAUUGGGGAAGGAUCUGCUUCUGAUAUGCCAUCUUGUAAAGGAAAUGGAUUGAGAAAGCAUGCAAUUAGCCAGAUGCGUGAAGUCCCAAGGGCAUUCUGGCCCAACUGGGUUUAUCGGAUGUAUGAUUCAUAUGCUCUUGCUCAGAGGGCAGCAGAUCGGUGGAAACAGAUUGUCAAGGCACCAAACAUGGAUGCGUUUGUGAUGAAGCCAGAUCUUCUAUCAUUUCAUAUUGCCAGUAAGAUUCCUGUAUCAGAAUCAACAAGGCAGGAGCUUCUGGAUAUUGAUGGAAUUUCCUAUAGGUUGCGACUAGAAAUUGAAUUACUCGAGAAGUUUGAUCGUAUACAGUGCAAGACUUGUUUGACUCUGAUUGCUAGGCGAAGCGAGAUGUUGGUAAUGUCUGGAGAAGGUCCUCUUGGUGCUUAUGUGAAUCCACAUGGUUUUGUGCAUGAGAUAAUGACCCUGCUUAAAGCAAAUGGGUUAGCAGUCAUUGGAAAUCCAGAGAAGGAAUACAGCUGGUUUCCUGGGUAUGCCUGGUCUAUUGCAGAAUGUGUUACUUGUGGAGCCCAGAUGGGGUGGCUUUUUACCGCUACAAAUAAGAAACUGAAGCCUAGAUCGUUUUGGGGCAUUAGGUGUUCCCAAGUUCAUGACGACAUAAGCUAAUCUUUCUUGAACUCAAUACCUUUUGGCGGAUCGAGCUUCUGUCCUCUGCAGCCGCAGAGAUAAUGCUUGGUUUGUACAUGGCUUUGAUAAUGCUUGGUUUGUACAUGGCUUUGGUUGGCUACAAGUCGUUAUAAUGAUUUGGAAUAAUCUAUAAGAAGUCUGUUACAAUAGUUUCUUGGAUGACAACUUCAUACUAAAGCAGAUUAUCAGUUCUGAAGUCUUAACUUGCAGCAGAACUCCAACCUCUAGUUUUGUUCCAAGAUCAGAUCACAAAGCCCAGCAAUGUAGUGAGUUGCAAUCAAAGUAGUCGUCUCUUUUGCAGUUAUGUAUGUAGCAGGCAUACCCGCCUGUGUUAUUCCUCAAGUAGUGAAGUGAUGUCUGCCCCCCUUUUAUGCUGAAGAGGUGGGGUCAUUACUUUUUGUAUCUCAACUCCUCAAGGCUAUUUGGUUUUGCUUUCUCCUCCGGGCUCUUAUACUUUUUGUUAUUGAUAAAUUUAUUAUUAUUAUUUUGUUUUAUUGAUUUGCUCAAUACAUUAAACAAAUCAAGGCAAGACUAAGCAUAAAUCUCUCAGUAGUUCAGUUUGAUACAAGGAAUUGGAGGAAGCAGAAAGGAAUUGCUGGAUGUAUUAUGGUACUUUCCCAAGCUGCCACGCCCCUUUAGAAGAAGAAAAGGCAAUAGUUAUACCAUGGAUCCGGAUCCACCUUGCAAGGUGAAUUUAUCACAAUUUACAUACUGAAUAUUGAGUAUGUAAAUUGUGUAUUUUGAACUCGAGUCUACAGAAUAAAGACAAUUUGGGAACUGUUGACAAUUUGGACACAGCAAUUUGAUCGAUCUUGGUUUUCAAUUGAUUAUACUAUAUUGGUUUUGAUGAUUACUUGAGACCAUUGUGUAGGAUUUCUGAUGGUUAAAGUUGAGACCUUACAUUUUGUAACUUCUCUUUGAAGAUUUUUUAUAUAAUUUCUUCCGGACUUAUCUUAA